CGCCUCCUCAUUUGGGUUCCCGGGACUACCGGGAAGCGGUUUGGGAAGCUCAGGCGUCGGCUCGGAAAUUAUAGGGGGCGCAGCUGGGGCGGGAGCGUGGGACCAGCCUGGAGGGCAGCGUUUGUGCCCGGGAGCGGGAGGGGAAUCGGGAAGUUUGUGGGAUCCCUGCCCCCAGCGCCAGUGGAUGCGACCCGGUGGGCCCUCGGCCGGGAAGGCCGGUGGAGGGGGACUCCGGCCGCGGGCUCCGGGGUGGCUGGGGCUGAGCGCAGGUCUGGAGCAGGUGCGCGGUGUUGGCCGCGGUGUGCGGGGCGGGAGCCUGGCGCGAGCGGUGGCGGGAGGGGAAAGCGCGUUUGUAACGUGGGCGGCAGUGUGCCCGAAAUCCCCGGACCGUGGGUCUGCAUCGGGACGUUGAGCUCGGGAGCUGGAAAAACCCGGCUGAGGCUUCACAGUUCUCUACACUCUCCAAGAGUCACAGAAAAUGAACACAUUUCAGGAUACUGCUUUACAAAACCAGAACUGAUCUUCACGUUGGAGCAAGGAGAAGAUCCAUGGUUAUUAGAGAAAGAGAAAGGAUUUCUAAGCAGGACCUCCCCAGAAGACUCCCAACCUGAUGAAAUCUCAGAGAAGAGUCAAGAAAAAGAAGGCAAACAUUUGUGGCAAGUUUUAUUCACCAAUAAAUUAUUGACUACAGAGCAAGAAAUUUCAGGAAAACCACAUAAUCAGGACAUAAACAUUUUUCCUGCCAGAAUGAUGCCUUGUAAAUGUGACACUGUGGGGUCUGCUUACCAGGGUCUGAGCCCAUUGGCCCCACACUGUCAAUAUUCAAAAGAAAAGGCUCAUGAGCAUAAUGUAUGUGACAAAUGGCUCAUCAAUAUUAAGGAUGGCAGAACUAACACUCAAGAGAAAUCCUUCACUUACAGUAAAAUUGUGAAAACCCUCAAUCAUAAGGAGAAAGUUAUUCAAUAUCAGAUAAUUCAGACUUUGGGGAAAGAUUUUGAAUAUAAUGAAAGUAGAAAAGCUUUUCUUGAAAAGGCUGCCCUUGUUACAUCUAAUAGUACCCACCAUAAAGGAAAAUCUUAUAACGGCAAUAAAUUUGGGGAAAACAAAUAUGAGAAAUCAACCUUUAUUAUUCCUCAGAACAUUCAUCAAGAGAAGAGUCACUAUGAGUUUAAAGAUACUGGAAAUUGUUUCUGUAGGAUCACUCACAAAACUGAUACAGAAGGGAAACCUUUCAACCCAAAGUCACACAUUAGAGAACAUCAUAGAAUUCAUAGAGGGAUGAAACCCUUUGAAUAUGGAAAAAGUUUCAACCAUCAUUCAGCCCUCCCAGUGUAUCAGAGAACUCAUGCAACAGAUAAAUCAUCUGAUUAUAACACAUGUACAGAGACAUUCAGCUACCAGUCAACUUUCAGUGUACAUCAGAAAGCUCACAUAAGGGCAAAACCCUAUGAGUGUAAUGAAUGUGGAAAAUCCUGCUCUAUGAAUUCACACUUAAUUUGGCCUCAGAAAAGUCACACAGGGGAGAAACCCUAUGAAUGUCAUGAAUGUGGGAAAGCCUUCAGGGAGAAGUCACGCCUAAGAAAACAUCAGAGAACUCACACAGGAGAGAAACCAUAUAAAUGUGAUGGAUGUGAGAAAGCUUUCAGUGCAAAGUCAGGCCUAAGAAUACACCAGAGAACCCACACAGGAGAGAAACCAUUCAAAUGUAAUGAAUGUGGGAAGUCCUUUAACUAUAAGUCAAUCCUCAUAGUACAUCAGAGAACUCACACAGGGGAGAAACCUUUUGAAUGUAGUGAAUGUGGGAAAUCUUUCAGCCAUAUAUCAGGCCUAAGGAAUCAUCGAAGAACUCACACAGGGGAAAGACCAUAUAAAUGUGAUGAAUGUGGGAAAGCUUUCAAACUGAAAUCAGGCUUAAGAAAACAUCAUAGAACACACACAGGGGAGAAGCCCUACAAAUGUAAUCAGUGUGGAAAAGCUUUUGGUCAGAAAUCACAACUCAGAGGACAUCAUAGAAUUCACACAGGGGAAAAACCCUAUAAAUGUAAUCAUUGUGGGGAAGCUUUCAGUCAAAAAUCAAACCUCAGAGUCCAUCACAGAACUCAUACUGGGGAGAAACCUUAUAAAUGUGAGGAAUGUGGAAAAACUUUCAGGCAGAAAUCAAAUCUCAGAGGGCAUCAGAGAACUCACACUGGGGAGAAGCCCUAUGAAUGUAAUGAAUGUGGAAAAGCUUUCAGUGAGAAGUCAGUCCUAAGAAAACAUCAGCGAACUCACACUGGGGAGAAACCAUAUAAUUGUAAUCAGUGUGGGGAAGCUUUCAGUCAGAAAUCAAAUCUCAGAGUACAUCAGAGAACUCACACAGGGGAGAAACCCUAUAAGUGUGAUAAAUGCAGGAAAACUUUCAGUCAAAAAUCAAGCCUUAGAGAACAUCAGAAAGCCCACUCGGGAUUAAACAAGUGCAUAUAAAGAAUAUGAAAAAAAACUCUGAGCUGGAAAUUAAACCUCACAGUACAUAAAUGAACCCACAGGAGAGAACUGUUAAUGUAGUGAGCAUUGCAAUUUCCUCUACAAUUUCAGCCUCCACCAAACAUCAAAGAACUUAGGAGAUAAAUUGUUGAAAUGUAUUUUACAUGGAAAUUCUUUCAGCCAGAGCGCAAUCAUCCGUGGAUGUUAGAGAGCUCACCCAGCAAAGAAACCCUAUAAAGAUAGUGAAUAUGGAAAAUACUUUUGUGAACUCAUUCCUCAGAAAACUCAUGCUGCAGAAAAGCUCUGAGAAAGUAAUAAAAAUGUGAAAACUUUGUGCCAACGAUCAAAACUCAUUCGUAAUCAAAGAAGUCACACAAUGAGAAAAGCUAGAAUAUAAUAAGUGUGUGAUAAACUUUAGCCAGAAAUCAGUACAGCAGAAAAUACAUACAGGAUAGAGACCUCAUAGUAUAUUAAGCAAGAAAUGAAGAUAAUGGAUGUGGGAAAUUCUUCUGCCAUGUCAACCCUCAUUUUAACUUACACAGAGGUAAUCCCUAUAUAAUAACUAUUGAAAUGUUUACUAGUAAUCAUCUUCACUUCUCCCUCAUGCCACAUCUGGCCUAAAUGCUCAACCACUCUAUCAUCUAAAUGGGGUCAUAUUGUUACCCGCUAGUUGGUGGAAUAUGGAGGUCAAUUACAGACAGGUCUUAAAUACAUCAGUCAAAGUGUCAAUAUUUUCUUCUAUCCCUCAUUAGAAUGAAAUGGAGGAAAACCUUGGGACUCAGGCUCUGACGAUGGAAAACAAGAUUGUAGGAAUCAAGGUCAGAGAAGGACCCUGUGGCAUGGAGUUUUCUCCUCCAUGUACACAGUUGGACUUUUUGCAGUGAGGGAAUAAAUUUGUUCCCUCCUGAGCUUCUAAAGGUUUGGGUAUACUUGAUACUGACAGAAACUCAACAACACUCACAUAAUAUAACAUAUGAGUAUGAUUUUUCGGGAUAUCUGAACUCAGUGUAUGUCAGAAAAGUCACAUAGGACAAACCUCCUACAGCAUUCUGAAUUACCAUGGCUUCUAUCUCCAAGUCUUCCACAUCAGUCAGGUAAUACCAGACGAAAUCUGACAUUUUAACAAAUGGAGGAAAUUCUUCACACACAGACACACAGUCACACAUACAUACCCAAAAAUACCAUUAAAUAUCUGAUAAUUUAGUUUUGAAUGUGUAAAAGUUUUCAAAAAUUAUCAUAUUUUAUAUCAGAGCUUGUUACAAGGGGAAAAUUAUCAGUUUGAGAAAGGUAAGUAAUAGCCUUUAGAUAUUGCUCUAUGAGAACCGUUGUUUCAUAUAUAAUAUCAAAACCUUUAAUGAAGUAACAUAUUGAUAGACAUUCACUAUCAUAAAAAGCCUAAAACGAACAAGAAAUAAACUGCAUAAACUGAAAAGCAGCCUCGCAGAUAUGUGAAUAUUUUGUGAGUUAUUGUUUAUGUUCGUAUAUGUGCAUGCUACUUACCGGGUAUUUGUUUUAUGUAUCUUAGAACUCAACAUUACUGUAAGAGAAUUGUGUUGUUCUUGCUUUAUAACUACUCUGACAUCAGCUACAAUUUGUCACAUGAAUAUUAAUAACCUUUUACAGAAAAUAUCUGAUACCACAUUCCCUUUCUCCUGCUGCCUUCUAACAUGUCUGUCUAGUAAAGGCCAUUGUUACUAAACUGCCUCUUUUCAAAGAA